UUUUUUUGUAUAUCAUCGUUUAUAAAAUUCACUACUUAAAUAAUUAGUUUUGUUAUAUUUAAAACAUAUAAAGAACAAAAUAAAAUGGAUGUGAAAGAGCUUCGUUUCUAUGACCAUCAUCAGAAUGAUGGAAAUGGGUUAUCGGAUCAAAGCACGUCGACAGAUGUUAUUGGAAAAACCACAAUGAACGAUGAAUGUUACGUGAAUAAGGGAUUUAAUGAUUCAAAUAGCUUAAAAGAAGAAUUAUCAAAUAAGAUUGAGGUAGAUCCAAAUCAUCUAUCUAAAAAUGUGAUUAUAACUUCUGAUAGACCAUCACUGACGACGCAAGAUGGGUACAUUAAUAAUGCAUUCGAAGAUGGCCCUCAGAAUGCAGAUAAUGUGAACGACAAACAUAAAGGGACGGUGCCACGGGCACAUGACGUCGCUGCAAUUACUUCCUCUACAAUAGAGAACCAAAUUACAAAACUGGAUGAAGACAAUAAUGGAGUGGUGGCCGUUAAUUUGGAAACGAAAGAAAAGAAGUGGAAAGUACAAUCUGUCGGAUGGGAUUCAAAUAAGAGUAUAAUGAUGUUGGGUUUGGUAUUAGCUUUUGAUGUAUGGGCAGCAAUAUUUGUUUGUUUCAAAACAAACAUAUUUCCCAAUAUUUUUAACUAAAUUAUAUAGUAUCGGUAUCUAAUGUAUUGAAUGAUUAUUAUCACGACAAAUUAAUAACAUUUUAAUAUUU